AUGGCGGUCACCGUCGUCGCGCGCGCGUCCCACCGAGGCGCGCUCGAGGGUGAUCUCGCCCGCGCGCGCGUGCGCGUGGAAACGACGUCGCGCGACGCGAACGCGGACGCGAAAGCGGAUGGCGAACGUGCGCUCGUGCGCGACGCCGCGCUCCUCGACGCCGUGCGCGCGGUGUUGCCGCGAGGCGAAGCGGCGCGCGCGUUCGUGAUCACGCACGCGGGAGAGGUGGUGACGUCGAGCGAACGGCUUCGGCGGGUGGCGGAGGGAGACGUCGUGACGGUGGAGCGACGCGGCGGGCGGCGGACGGAGACGGGCGGGGAGAAGACGUCGACGUCCACGCGCGCGGUGAUGGACGACACCGAGGACGAUGACGCGGUGGUGGAGCUUCGAGGACGACGGAGGCGGGUGGAGACGUUCCUGAGGCGACGGUGCGGAUUGUCGAGGUGGACGGCGAACGCGCUCGCGCGCGCGCCCGCGUUGGAGGCUGUCGCGUGGUGGCUCGGAUUGCGGCAAGCGAGCGCGAGAGACCUCGCGCCGCCGUACGUCCUCUUCACCGGAUUCGCGCUCAUCGUGAUGAAUCUCGGUCGACGUCGACCGGGAGAGCCGUCGGCGUACUCGAUCUUUAACGACCGUUUCGAGCGCCUGCCGGGACAGUUCACCGCGGACGACGUGGACGACGUCGUCAUGCGUCGACGGUGA